GAGAGUUUAGAGUAAAACUCAUCUGCUCCAGUCCCACGGACACCGACAGACCUCAGGAAAGAGCUCCGACACCCGAGAAAAGCCAUGAAGAUGCUGGUGCUGCCUCUGCUCAUCACCAUUUUGCACAGUCCUGUCAGUUUAUCAGUGACAGUAAGCAGCAGUAAACCCAAAGUGGAGGUUCACGAGCACACUGACGCUGUGCUGUCCUGUGAGUUCAAGACAGAGAAAGAUCAGAACCCUCGAAUCGAGUGGAAGAAGAAAGGAAAGGGGGUGACUUUUGUUUACUUUAAUCACAAAUUCACAGGGUCUUACGCUGGACGGGCUAAGAUAGAGGGAGCGACGCUGACGAUACACUCCGUCACUCAGAAAGAUUCAGGGGAGUACCGCUGUGAGGUGACAGCAAGCGAGGAUCACGUCAACCUCGGAGAGGCCACUGUGACACUUAAUGUUCUUGUGCCGCCUCAUGUCCCUUCCUGCAACGUGCCAAGCUCUGUGUUUGUAGGGUCAGGCCUGGAGCUUCUCUGUAAGGACAAACUGAGUGUGCCUCCCGCUACCUACCGCUGGUACAAAGACAACAAGGCACUAACAGCCACGGGAGAGACUCCUUACAGCAUUGACACAAACAAGGGCACACUGAAGUUUAAAAGUGUGUCCAAGGUGGAUGCAGGGAUGUAUCGCUGUGAGUCCUCCAACAGUGUGGGGGCACCCAAGAGCUGUGUGGCCCAACAACUCAAAGUUAUUGACUAUCCUUUGAAUAUGACGAUUUUAAUAGCAGGUGCUGCAGGUUUGGCAGCGUUCAUGCUUUUCUGCUGCAUCUGUGUGUGUGUCUGCCGACACCGAGGCUGCUGCAAAAAGAGCAAGAAAACAAAAAGCACCAAGUCC